AUCUACAUCAUGGCGUAGCGAUGUGGAGGGACGCGGGGGUUGUACUGUUGGGCGCUGAUAAGUUAAGAAACUACACUCUGUGGAGACUAAAGUACAUGGUAGAGGAAACAAACCAACGGAAAACUAACUUCUUCUUCUAGUUGACUUGCGGUUCACAAUCAGUGACCGAAGAUGAUGUCUGAUGCCAGCGACAUGUUGGCUGCUGCCCUGGAGCAGAUGGAUGGUAUAAUUGCAGGUUCAAAGGCCUUGGACUACUCCAACGGUAUGUUCGACUGUCAGUCCCCUACCUCUCCGUUCAUGGGGAGCUUACGGGCGCUUCACCUACUGGAAGACCUGAGGGGUGUCCUGGAGUUGAUGGACACGGAGGAAAGGGAAAGUCUCCGCUGCCAGAUCCCCGACUCCACUGCAGACAGUCUGGUGGAGUGGCUCCAUGGUCAUCUGUCCAACGGCCACAUCUCUCUAAGUGGAGGAGAUCACUACCAGGAGAGGCUUUCUCGAUUAGAGAGUGAUAAAGAGUCUUUGGUUCUUCAGGUGAGUGUGCUGACCGACCAAGUGGAGGCUCAAGGAGAGAAGAUUCGAGAUUUGGACCUAUGUUUGGAAGAGCACAGAGAAAAACUGAACGCCACCGAGGAGAUGUUGCAACAGGAGCUUUUGUGCAGAUCUGCUCUGGAGAACCAGAAGCUCGAACUGAUGUCCGAAGUGUCCAACCUCAAGCUGAAGCUGAACUCCAUGGAGAAGGAAAGAUUGGACUUUGAUGACAGAUUUAGGGACAGUGAGGAUUUGAUUCUUGAAAUAAACGAGCUACGGUACAGACUGACUGACCUGGAGGGUGAAAAGCUUCAGUAUGAGAAGAAGCUGAAAUCCACAAAGUCGCUAAUGGCCAAGCUUUCUAGCCUGAAAAUCAAAAUGGGCCAGAUGCAGUAUGAGAAACAGAGGAAAGAGCAUAAACUCCUGGCCAUGAAGGAGGAGUUAGCCGUACUGAGGAGGCAGCUGGAGGGCAAAGAUGGAGAGAUGAGGAGACUACAGGAUGAGACAGGCUUCAGAGCCAUCGGCACGAGCAGUCCAGAUUCCACAGAGAGAGAUGUGGAGGUGCAAAGGAUGAAAAAGGCAGUUGAGUCAUUGAUGGCAGCAAAUGAAGAAAAGGAUCGUAAGAUUGAGGAGCUGAAACAGUCGCUUCUGCGGUACAAGAAAGUUCAGGACAUGGUGAUGUCGGUACAAGGGAAGAAAGAGAAAACUAAAGACACUGAGCAUGUUGAGAGUUUUGGUGAUGGAACUGGUGCAGUGGAAUCUGAAAAGCAAGAAGCUGCAGACGCUGAACAACCGAAAAGGAGCAGCCCUGAUGAGAUGGAGAGUCUGAGUGGACAAAGUGAAGAGAUUUCUCCUACUCCCAGCCCCUCUGAUCCAGAGCGAGUGUCCGAGGUCACAAGUGCAGAUGUGGAAAGCGAAGAGCCCAGCAGAGCUGAGGGCCAGGACCAUCCAGAAGAGAUCAACAACGACAAGGACACAAAUGAGGAGACCAGAAAGACGAGUGAAAAGCCGCCCAAAGGUCCCUCUGCCACUCUGCCAGCCACCACAGAAGACGACAGCUUUGGGUCAAGGAAAGCCCGCUCAUCUUUCGGAAAGGGCUUCUUCAAGAUCCGCGGAGGCAAGAAGACGACAGGCAGCCCUAACCUCGCUGAAACUGAGCGGCAGGGCACUGACCAUCUGGAUCUGGCCGGACUUCCGCAGAGGUCCUCCAACGGCGACAGCACACACACGCUGGCCACAACACCAGAGAGCAGGAAGAAAUCCAAAGGAAUAAAAAAGCUUUUUGGGAAGCUUAAAAGAAGCCAGUCCACCACCUUUAACCUGGACGACAACCUGUCAGAGGGGGAGUUCAAGCGAGGAGGAGUGCGCGCCACAGCAGGACCCAGACUGGGUUGGUCUCGUGACUUCCAGCGAGUCAACAAUGACGUGGAUGCUCCCUUUGCACGCUGGUCAAAGGAGCAGGUGUGUGACUGGCUGCAGGAGCAGGGCCUGGGCCUGUAUGUGAACAUGGCCCGAGUGUGGGUCUCCUCAGGACAGACUCUGCUGCAGGCCUCACAGCAAGACCUGGAGAGGGAGUUGGGCAUCAAACAUCCGCUGCACAGGAAGAAGCUGCAGCUGGCUCUGCAGGCCCUCGGCUCGGAGGAGGAGGACAACAAGGGAAAGCUGGACUACAACUGGGUCACACGAUGGCUUGACGACAUCGGCCUGCCUCAGUAUAAGACCCAGUUUGAUGAGGGCAGAGUGGAUGGGCGCAUGCUGCACUACAUGACUGUGGAUGACCUGCUCUCACUGAAGGUGGGAAGUGUCCUCCACCACCUCAGCAUCAAGAGAGCCAUUCAAGUCCUGCGACUCAACAACUACGAGCCCAACUGUCUGCGGCGCAGACCAUCAGACGAGAACAAUAUCUCACCGGCGGAGAUCUCCCAGUGGACCAACCACAGGGUGAUGGAAUGGCUCCGCUCGGUGGACCUGGCUGAAUACGCUCCCAACCUCAGAGGCAGCGGCGUCCACGGAGGCCUGAUGGUCCUGGAGCCGCGUUUCAACGUGGAGACCAUGGCCCUGCUGCUCAACAUCCCCCCCAACAAGACGCUGCUGCGCCGCCACCUGGCCACACACUUCAGCCUGCUCAACGGCUCAGAGGCCCAGCACCUCAAACAGGAGUGUCUGGAGAACCCGGAUUACAUUCUGCUGACCGCCACCACUAAAGUCAAGCCAAAGAAGCUGUCGUUCGGCACCUUUGGCAGGAAGAAAAAGCAGGAUGAGAACGAAGAGUACGUCUGUCCGAUGGAUGUGGAGAUGCCAAAGGGACGAAGCUUCCAGAAGGGCUUCGAGCUCCAGAUCUACGAGGAUGACCUGGACAGGCUGGAUCAGAUGGACGACUCUGAGGGAACAGUGAGGCAGAUCGGAGCUUUCUCUGAGGGCAUUCAAAACCUCACAAGCAUGCUGAAAGACGACGAAUUCUUUAAAGAGGCUUCAAACUCACCUAAUCCCAGUGUGACCGAUGAAGACUCCAACGCAUGAGACCCAGUCCUGCUGUGAACGAAACUCUGUGCCAGCCCUCUCCACCCGCCUCUGCAAACACUCGUCACUCUCCCAUAUUUCCUCUUUUUUUUUUUUUUUUUUUUGUGUUGCAUCAACGAGCCGAGAGUAUUUCAGCAUC